AUGGUAGUGCUUGUAGUUGCAGUUCCUAAUCCUAUUCGGAAUGGAAAAAAAAUACACACCGCAGCUUUCUCCCUGUUCGAUAAGGAUGGUGAUGGCACCAUUACCACCAAGGAGCUGGGAACCGUCAUGCGUUCUCUGGGUACUUACUUAAAAAUUGCUUUAAGUGCGGCCAUAAUAUGACUCACAUGUAUUUUUUUCUCCUACGCAUGUUGAUGUUUCGUUACAUUUGCAUAAAGAUGUGAGUUUUUUUUUUCGCUCGGUAGCGAGCCUCACAACAAGAAAUGCAAGUCCACUUACUGUGCAGGUCAAAACCCGACCGAGGCUGAAUUGCAGGACAUGAUCAACGAAGUCGAUGCCGAUGGUAACGGAACCAUCGACUUCCCGGAGUUUCUGUCCUUGAUGGCCCGGAAAAUGAAGGAUACGGAUACCGAGGAAGAGUUGAUCGAGGCGUUCAAGGUGUCUACAAUAAUUUUUGAUUGAUCUUUUACUUCAUGCCGGAGUCUUUUUGGCAUGCAUGUGACCAUCAUACAAGACAACAAAUGCAACAAAUGUACAACUGCUUCUUCCACACUUGUAAGUAUGACUUUUUUGCAGGUCUUCGAUCGCGAUGGCAACGGUUUUAUCUCCGCCGCGGAGUUGCGUCACGUGAUGACCAACUUGGGUGAGAAGUUGACGGACGAAGAAGUCGAUGAGAUGAUCCGGGAGGCGGAUGUCGACGGCGAUGGGCAGAUCAACUACGAGGAGUUCGUCAAGAUGAUGAUGGCCAAGUAA